AUGGUUCCUCCAAGGAAAAGACCGGCAAGACUCCCGGCCAACGGACCCCUGGCCACGGGGACAUGCAUGACCUGCGGCACCCUCCUGAGCUGGCCCGCCACAGCCGACCAGAGCGGCCUCAUCAAGUGUAGCGUCUGCAUCACCCUCAACCGAGUCGUUACCCUGAGCGAAUGGAACCUUCUACAUAGUGGCAGGAAGUAUCCUGUUGGGUCUCUGUCUGCUGAGCGCACCCAGGAACUUGUCGAUGAUUGUCUAAGGAAAUGGGCUCUGGAGACGGUUCUGCACGAGGAAGAUACAUUUGCUAAGGAGGAAUCAUCGUACACCUCUCCUCAAGGAGCCUUCAAACCGGUGCAGGAUUACCUCACUGCGGGCUUUAGCUCAUUCGAGGCUGUGAACUCGUCCUUUUCUCUCCCGACAGACACUCGUGAAAUCGAAGCAAGUUUGCAGUCUCUGGACCUGCCUUUGCCAGAGCCAGCAGAGCGAUCAUCUCUCUUGGAGUCGCCGAUGAUCGACUGGGACCACCUUGCCAGGUGGUUCGACUUAGUCGUAUACCCCGCCAACAGAUGGCCGGUGGUCUUGGAGGAGGUCUCCCGAAGGGCAGGCCAUCGCCGUCCAACAGAGGAUGAGCUGCAGUCGGCAUACCGACAUGUCAUACAGGCGCAGGGCCAUCUGCGGGAAGCGCUCAUCAAGGCCACCACCAGCCUCCUGAAGAAGCCGGGGGGCAGGUUCUCAAAACCAGAGGAAUUGAGAGCCUUUCUCAUCAUUAUCGAGAACCCGAUUCUGCAUCUCAAAGACCGACGUGACAGCGAGGUCGCAAAUCCGCCCGCUCUGUCCGGGCCGCUAUCCGGAAGCCACUCUGGCCUCAUCAAGCGUAUCGUGGGACUUAUCCACAACCUACCCCAGCACCUCAACCUUCAACUCAUCCACUGGUGGUCGAGGUACGAUGCACAGCGCUUCGCCAGGACAAAGGAUCUCGCCUCGGGGUUUCUCAGCUACAGGCUCCUGCGACAGGAAGCCAACAGACGCGGCCUCGGGGCCGAGGCCAUGCCCCGGCUCGUCUCAGAACUCCAGUUCCGCCGCUCGGAUGUGGAGCUCGAAGACGGGAUCUCCCCAACGUCCGGGACACGGAGGAGACGUCAAGGGGCCAAGGAGACGAGCUACCGUGAUGACUGGCAGAUACGCGCAGCAUGCCACGUCUUGGGCCUGCUCUUCGACGCCAACAAGAAGUCCUACGGUACCAAGUCAGGGGUUCCCAAGCUGGCAGACGCCCGAAGCGGCCGGUUCCUCCCCGUGAGCGACUUCUAUAAUUCGCUGGCCGACUACGCCGAGGUCCACGCCGACUUCCACGGAUGGGGCCAGGGGAAAUCUUUCUCGCUGUCUCAAUAUCCAUUUCUGUUGAGUAUAUGGGCCAAGGCGCAGAUGGCUAAGCAGGAUGUGAGCCGACAGAUGGAGCAAGCCUCCGUGGGUCACAUACUGUCCGGUACCGGCAGGUUUCUCACGCUCAACGUCAGACGUGACUGCCUCGCAGACGACAGCCUGACGGAGAUCGGCACAGCCCUAGGGGGUGAGACGACCCAAGGAAUGAGUAGAGCUCUGCGCAUCAAGUUCGACGGCGAAGAGGGUAUCGACGGCGGCGGUCCUCGCAAGGAGUGGUUCAUCCUCGUCACUAAAGAGGUCUUUGACCCCCGUACAGGUAUAUUCCUCUAUGCCGAGGACUCGCAGCACUGCUACUUCAACCACUCCUACGCCAGCGAAGAAGACGCGGAACUGUACUUCAACAUCGGCGCCACCCUGGGACUGGCCAUUGCCAACUCGACAGUCCUGGACCUCCCUUUACCACCCUUCAUGUUCCGCAAGCUUGUAGCGGAAGCCCCUGACUGGUGCCCAGCCAACCAUUUUACCGGCGCCGGAAAGCCCCUUGCAUAUUCCUUGGACGACCUGGCUGAGUAUCGGCCCCAGCUGGCCAGCGGACUAUCGCAGCUCCUGGAGUACCAGGGCGACGAUGUGGAGCAGGCCUUCUCUCUAGACUUCGUCAUCGACGUCGAAAAUUACGACGGAACUACAGUCCGCGUACCGCUCUGUGCAGACGGCGAGAACACGCCCGUCACCAGCGCCAACCGGCAGGAAUACGUCAAAUGCUACGUGAACUAUCUCCUACGCGACUCAGUGCAGGUGCAGUUCACCGCCUUCGCAGAGGGCUUCUACAGGGCUUCCCCGGCGCGUACGGCCGCACUCUUCGGGCCCGAUGAGCUCGACCUCCUCCUGCGCGGGUCGGACGAACCCCUGGACAUCGCCAGCCUCAGAAGAACAGCCGACUACGAAGGCUGGGGCACGGCCGACCCCGACGAUGGAAGCGAGCAGCUGGUGGGCUGGUUCUGGGAGGUAUUUGGGGAAGCCUCGCCGAGCGAUCAGCGGAGACUGCUCUCGUUCGUCACGGGAAGCGACAGGAUACCGUCAGUCGGUGCAGCCGUGGCGCCGCUGCGCAUCUCGUGCCUCGGCGAUGAGACGGACAGGUACCCCGUCGCCAGGACGUGUUUCAACCUCCUGUCUCUGCAUAGGUAUGAGACGAGGGAGAAGCUAGAGAGCAUGCUGUGGAGGGCGGUAUAUGACAGCGAAGGCUUUGGUCUUGCCUAG